AUGCUGGACUGGGCGCCGGUGGUGGUGGGCGUCGUGCUCUUCGUGCUGCUCUCGCCGGGCCUGCUCAUCGAAGCCCCGCCUGCACAUGGCCGGGCAGGCCUAGCCGGGUGUCGAGCUGUGCCCACGCACAGGGCCCAACCUCAAGACCGGGCCUGCCGCUGGGUCGACUUCGGCAGCCUCCGCGUCACCGGCAAGGCCACCGUCCACACCAUCCUCUUCUUCGCCAUCUUCCUCAUCGUCACCAUGGCGUGCAACCUCCACAUCUACACCGGCGCCUAG